AUGUUCAAGUCCCUCCUUACCACGGGGCUCCUGGCCGCCGCGGCCACUGCCCAACAGACGACGGCCUACACCGACUCUGCUACCGAGAUCAAGUUCCAACGCUACACCGAGACGAGUGGCUUCUCUUUCGGUGUUGCCCUCCCCUCCACCGUCGGCAAGGACUUCAUCGGUCAGAUCUCCGCCCCCAUCACCGCCGGCUGGGCUUCCGUCUCCCUCGGCGGUCCCAUGACGAACAAGCUUCUUGUCGUUGCCUGGCCCAACGGAGACUCUGUCCAGACAUCACUGCGCAAGGCCUCCGGCUACUCCAACCCCGAUGUUGUCGACGACUCUAGCAUUACCCUGAAGCCCAUCAACGACGGCAUUUCCAUCAACGCGACCGCCUUCACUUACACCUUCUUGUGCGAGGGCUGCAUCACCGGUGACACCACGUCCUUCACCGGCACUGCUGACACCACCACCUUCGGCUGGGCUUACAGCACCACCGCCCUCUCCGACACCACCAGCGCUUCCGUCGCUCUCAACUACCACGGCGCCGGCUUCGGUCUGUUCGGUGCCAACCUCGCCGAUGCCAAGUCAGCCGACUACGACACCUGGGCCGCCAAGGCCUCCGACGCCGUCACCACUCCCACCAUUGGCAACGGCACCACUCCGGCCGUCCCCGCGAACGUCACGACUACCAUCUCCAACUCCACCUAUGAUUACAUUGUUGCUGGUGGUGGUGCCGCCGGUCUCAUCGUUGCCCAGCGUCUUGCCGAGUCUGGCUCCAGCGUUCUUCUCCUCGAACGUGGCGGCGCUUCUCUGGCGUCCACCGGAGGCAAGGCCAAUGUCGACUGGAACAGCACCGUUACCCAAUACGAUGUCCCUGCCAUGGGCUACUACCUCUCGACUGCCAAGGAGACCAGCGAGUACUGCACUGACACCGCCAGCAUGGCUGGCUGCAUUCUCGGUGGCUCGACAAUGGUCAACGCCAUGAUGUGGGUUAAGCCUCCUGCUCACGACUUUGACGACAAGUGGCCUACCGGCUGGAAGUGGAGCGAUGUCGAGGAGUCUGCCAACAAGCUGUACGAGCGCACCCCCGGCACCAUUCUGCCCAGCAAGGACGGUAAGCGUUACGACCAGGGCGCCUACGAUGUCAUGUCCCAGUGGCUCGCCAGCAACGGCUUCUCCGAGGUUGAUGCCCUCGCUGAGCCCGACAAGAAGGACGCCGUCUUCAGCCACCCCCCCUGGUUGAUUGAGGACGGUCUUCGCGGCGGCCCCGUUCGUGACUACCUCCCCUUGGCUCAGGCUCUUCCCAACUUCAAGCUGCAGCUCAACGCCAAGGUCAUCCGCGCUGUCCGCAACGGCACUCAGGUUUCCGGUGUUGAGAUUGAGACCGGUAAGAACCAGCGUCAAAUCAUCAACCUCAAGGCUGGCGGUGCCGCGAUCCUCUCUGCCGGUGCCCUCUCCACCCCUCGCAUCCUCUACAACAGCGGUAUCGGUCCCAAGGAGCAGAUCCAGACUGUCAAGAGCGGCUCUACCCAGGUCACUCUUCCUGCCGAGGCCCAGUGGAUUGAUCUCCCUGUCGGCGAGAACCUCAAGGACCACCCCAUCUACACCGUCACCCUCAAGACCAAGUCCAACCUCAACUCUCUGGCCAGCACCGCCUUCACCUCGCCCGACCAGACCGAUGUUGACUUGUUCGCCAAGGGUUCUGGUCUUCUCUCCCAGGCCGGCCAGCGCUUGAACUUCUGGACCAGCGUCCAGGGCUCUGACAACCAGAAGCGCUACGUUCAGGGCACCGUCAACUCUCCCAGCAACGACACCGUCAAGAUCAAGGUCUACCUCACCCACGGUCUGACCUCGUCCGGUACCCUCGGCAUCUCUGCCGAUGGCUCCACCAAGAUCACCACUGAGCCCUACCUGACCACCGACGGCGACAAGGAGGCCAUCACCUCCUUCAUGAGCCAGCUCAUCUCGUACGCCUCCAAGUCCAACAGCACUCUGACCAUCUCUGGCAACGCCACCGCUGAGAGCCUCAUUGCCGAGCACACCACUGGCAGCCACUACGUCGGCACUGCCAUCAUGGGUGCCGAGAACGACGGAAAGAGCGUCGUUGACACCAACACCAAGGUCUGGGGUACCGACAACUUGUACGUCGUCGACGCCUCCAUCCACCCGGACCUCCCCACCGGCAACACCCAGGCUAUUGUCAUGGUUGCCGCCGAGCACGCCGCUAAGCAGAUCCUCGGCGGUGGCAACGCCGGUUCCGGGUCCGGUUCCGGCUCUGGCUCUUCCUCCGAUAACUCCGGCUCCGGCUCAGCUUCCGGCUCGGGCUCGGGCUCGGGUACCGGUGGCUCUGGAAAGGCCGGAUGCAAGCGUUCCACCAAGCGCGCCAGCAAGCUUCAGCGCCUCCAGCGCUUCCGCCGUUCCCACCACGCCUGA